AUGCUGUUACAUUGUCCUAAGGCUGCCUCGAAUUGGAGCCUUUCAGUGCUGAGACUUGAUCCGAAUGAGGUGGUAGCAAGCUGCCUUCGAAGCUGGUGUGCUAGCAUGAGUGAAAAAAUAAAGGAUCCUCAUUGGUGGGAUUUAUUUUGGUGUUUGGCAUGGGGAGUUUGGCUGCAACGAAACGCUUGGGUUUUCGAGAAAAAAUCAAGGUAUGUGAUCGAUAUAAUACAUAAGGCAGUGGGAUUGGUGGGAGAGUAUGAAGAAGCGAUGAAAGUGGCCUCUGUGAGUAAGCCGAGCCAAAUGCUGAACUCUGCGUGGAAAGCUCCCCCCAGGGACAUGUAUAAGCCGAACUCGGAUGCAAAUCUGGGCGUUAAUCAGCAGCUAGGAGUGGGAGGCGUGUUGAGGGAUGCGGAGGGGGUUGUGUUGUUGGCUUUCUGCUCGAAGGUGAAAGGCAAUUUUGAGGUAGAGGUGGGUGAAGCAAUUGCGUUGUGGCAAAGUCUCUUGACUGCCCUUGAAGCUGGUUUCAGAAAUAUGGUGCUUGAAACUGACAACUUGAAGCUAUUCCAUCAUAUGAAGAAGGGCAUCAUUAUGCUGAGUGCUUUUGGGAAUGUGGUUAGUGACAUCCUUCGAUUGGCUAGCCAAUGUUUUUCUUGCUCUUUCUCCUUUGUUAGAAGAAAGGGUAAAUGUGUUGCUCAUAGCUUAGCUAAGUUAAGUAGUACUUUUAGUGAUUAUCGUGUUUGGUUAGAAGAGUAUCUCCUGAAAUUCAUGGGGCGAUUUGUAAUGACUUUAAAUCUUUGUUGA